GGCGGGGCUUAAAGGCCCGGCCAGGAAGCCUCUCCAUCCACCACGUGGGCAGAAGGCGGAGGGGGAGAAGCGGCGGGUCGGUCACGAUGGGCGGCCUGGAGAAAAAGAAGUACGAGAGGGGCUCAGCCACCAACUAUAUCACCAGAAAUAAAGCUCGGAAGAAACUGCAGCUCAGCCUUCCAGACUUCAGGCGACUCUGCAUCCUAAAAGGGAUUUAUCCCCACGAGCCCAAACACAAGAAGAAGGUGAACAAGGGAUCAACAGCCGCCCGGACGUUUUACCUCUUGAAAGACAUAAAAUUUCUUCUCCAUGAGCCCAUUGUCAACAAAUUCCGGGACUAUAAGGUGUUUGUCCGCAAGUUGCGAAAAGCCUACGGGAAGAGCGAAUGGAACACAGUGCAGCGCCUGAAAGACAACAAGCCGGCUUAUAAAUUGGACCACAUCAUCAAAGAGAGAUACCCAACCUUCGUGGACGCCCUGCGAGAUUUGGACGAUGCGCUCUCCAUGUGCGUCCUCUUUUCCACCUUCCCACACGGCAAGUGUCACGUCCAGACCAUCCAGCUAUGUCGUCGGCUGACCGUGGAGUUCCCUCAACUACGUCGUCGCUCGCGCGGUCUUCGCAAGGUUUUUCUCUCCAUUAAGGGCAUCUAUUACCAGGCUGAGGUGCUGGGCCAGCUUGUCACCUGGAUAACGCCCUAUGCCUUCUCCCACAACCACCCGACAGAUGUGGAUUAUAGGGUCAUGGCUACCUUCACUGAAUUCUACACCACCCUUCUUGGCUUUGUCAAUUUUCGUCUCUACCAGACACUCAACUUGCACUAUCCCCCGAAGAUCGAAGGCCAUUCUUCAGUAGAGAAGAAGCCGGAGGAUGGAGAAGCUUACGCCUUGGACUCCGAGAGCACCUUAGAGAAACUGUCGGCUCUCAGCACCAGCCUGGCUCGAGUCGUUGCCCCCAACAUAGAGGAUGAAGCCGAAGUGGAUGAGUUCCCCGUGGAAGGGGAGACUGCAGAACAAGAAGAGACCAGGAGGAAGGAGGAAGAGGACUUGGAGAAACAGAAGAAGCUCUUCGAAGGGCUGCAGUUCUUUCUCAACCGGGAGGUGCCUCGCGAACCCUUAGCCUUUGUCAUCAGGUGCUUUGGCGGCAAAGUGUCCUGGGACAAGUCUGUUUGCAUUGGCGCCACCUACGAUGUUACGGACCCCCGCAUCACCCACCAGAUAGUGGACCGUCCAAAUGUAGAGAAGCAAGUGAUUGGAAGAUAUUACCUCCAGCCUCAGUGGGUCUUUGACUCGGUCAAUGCCAAGAUAUGCCUUCCCGUGGCCGAUUACUUCCCCGGCGUAAUACUGCCCCCUCACCUCUCCCCGUUUGUCUCGGAGAAAGAAGGGGACUACAUGCCUCCAGAGAAGCUGAAACUUUUGGCCUUGCAACGGGGUGAAAAACCAGUAGCCAAAGAUAGUGAGUCGGAAGAGGAAGAAGAGAGCGGCGGAGAGGAUGAAGGUGCAACUGAAGGCUCGGAGGAAGAAGAGGAGGAGGAAGAGGAGGAUUCUGACAAGGAAGAUGAAGGGAAACUGCGCAAAAUGGAAGCACAGCGAUCUCAGAACAAGAAUCUCCCAGUGAAGGUGACACCUGGCCAGAUUGUGAAGGAAGAUAAGGAGCGGCUGAUGCAAGAACAGCAGAGCGAGGAAAAACGCUUGGCCAUCAUGAUGAUGAAGAAACGAGAGAAAUACCUCUACCAAAAAAUAAUGUUUGGGAAGAAGCGCAAAAUUAGAGAGGCCAACAAAUUGGCAGAGAAACGGAAAGCUCACGAUGCGGCAGUAAAAUCAGAAAAGAAGAAAAGCAAGAAAGCACGACGGGAAUAGAAGAGCCCAUCUCGUUUUGGGCUAGCAUUUCACAACGCAGCCUUGGAAAGUGGACCUGGGACUUUAAAGAUGGAUCUUUCACGUUGGAGAUGGACAACAUUGGAAUUCCUGAUUCUUUGGGGCUUUGCCCUCUCCAAAACGGAACUAAUCAGAACUGGGUCUACGGUACCCUGAUUUCUUUAGGGAAAUUCUAUUGAAAAGACGUGUAAAUGUUUGAUUCCAUUCAGUUUUUGUCUUUGUCACACCCACCGUACCAGCGUCAGUGAGACGGUAAGCUAGAUCCCCAGUCUUGGAUGGAGAAAUGUUAUUUUUGAGGAGAGAAAUAGUCAUGAACAGUCCCGCUUUGCCAAGGACACAUAAAAUAGCAAACACAUGAACAAGGUUCCUAUCUGGAAUCAGAAAAUUGGUUUGCUUUCUGAGCAGAGGGUUAUUUUUUUCCCUUCUUCCCCUUUUAGUUUUUGCACAGAAUAAACAUUUUUGAAGUUCUUGGCCUAACACGUUAUUUUAAGAGUCGUUCAAGGUAAUCUUCCUAUGCGUGUAAAUAAAAUCCAAGAUUAAGAUAGUUCGGCUCUACCUCAGUUGGAGGGUAACUUCUAGCCAGCAACACUUGUUUCAUUUUGCAGCCAUUGUGGAGUCCGCGUGUUUUUUGCAUUUUGGUUGUAAAUUACAGCAACGAGGCGUUAUUAAACUGAACUUUGAAAAUUUCA